ACAAACUUGUCAUUUUUCAUCAGUGAUAUCAUAAAACCCAAGUGCUUCUAAAUCUAUUACAAUUACAAUGAAAAAAAUCCGCGAAACUCUAGAACCAUGGAACCCCCUUUCGAUAUUCUCAAAGGGAAAACCGCCCCCGAACCGUCAAGAACCCGAAAACAAUGGAUUCGUGAAAAAAGGCGUCGAAAAGUCGAAAUCGGCUGAGCCUAUAGGGCAUAUUUUUGAAAAACCCAAAGUUGUGGCCAAAAAAUUAUUGGCGAAGUCGCCCUCCAACGAAGGGUUCUAUUCUGUAAACCCUGUUGUGGUCGAGGAUCAGUUUCAGGCUGUUUGGACGCCACUGGAUUUUGAUAUUGAUGCCCUUUACGCGGUGCCGAGGAAGAGGAAUAAAAUUAAUAGGAAUGAACAAACAAUGGAACUUUCGUAUGCCAAUUUGGCAGACAGCAAAUUCCAACCCUUAACCAUAAAGACGAGCGGAGAGGAACUUCAUUAUCAGAUCGUUAAACCGAAACCUUUGAGAUGCAAGAGAAGUAAAUCUGCACAAAACCUUCACAAAUCGGAACUAAAGGUUUUUCUGCAAAGGACACCAUCGUGUGAAAUCGAUGCAGUUUAUGAUGUACCUGGUAAAGCCAAACCGGUGGGAAAAAUAGAUAAAAACACAAUGCUAUUAAUAACACUAAAAACUGUCAGAAUGCAUUUAGUAAACUCAAGAAGUACGCGGAACAGAACACCAAAGAUGAUAAUAAUUUAG